CAAUGAUCCAUUGUUUUCAUUAACUAAUUCUUCGUUUUGUAACAAUCCAAACUCGAGUUCAAAAUCCAAUAUCGAUCCCAACGAAAUCAAUAAAUUAUUGAAAAUCAAGAAAAGUCGUAAUAAUAGAAAAAGACUGGUUAGAAAAAAUAGUAAUAAUGAUAAUAAGUAUACUAAAAAUGUAGUAAAUACUCCUCGCCCCAGAUCAAACAACAAUUCAAUCGUCAUUAAAGAUGAUAAUAUAUGUGAUGAUAUUUCUAUCGUUGCCAAUUGCAAAAAAAACAAAGAGUUUCAUAAUUACUUUAAUUCAUUGCCUGACACUGAACUUUUAAUCAACGAUUAUGGAUGUGCAUUGCAAAGAGAAAUAUUGGCACACGGAAGGAUUUAUGUUUCGAAAAAUUAUAUUUGUUUCUGUGCAAAUAUUUUUGGAUGGGUGACAAAUGAGAUAAUUUCAAUAUCUGAAAUCGCUUCAAUCGAGAAAAAAAUGUCUGCCUUUGUUAUACCAAAUGCAAUAUUGAUCACUACAAAAGAUUCAAAGGAGUAUUUCUUUACAUCAUUUUUAUCGCGUGAUUGUGUCUACGAUUUAUUAGUUAGUUUAUAUAAAAUUGAAAAUAAAGAAGAAAUGGAUUUAGAAGAAAAUAAUCCUGGCGAUGGUUGUGGGAAGAAAGAAGGAACCACAACAAUUGUUAGUUCAGAAAAUGAAUGCAGUGAUAUCGAAAAAAGAAAAAGCUUAACAAAAAAUAUUAGUUCGAAAUUAAAAAAUUUGUCAAAUAGAAGAAAACGAGAAACAAUAACAGCGUCUUCACCCAUUCCAACUAGAUUCAUAAUGUUAGAUACUGAAUUUCCUGGUACAAUUGAAGAAAUAUAUAAUUUAUUAUUCGCAAGUAAUUUCUUCUCUGACUUCAUUACAAAUCAUGAAAAUAAUGAUGAUACAAACAUCGGUGAAUGGGUUGAAGAAGACGGUAAACGAGUUCGUUUUGGAAGUUACACCAAAAAAAUUCCCAAUUCAUUUAAGAUAGGCCCAAAGACAACAAAAGUACACUUAAAGGAUGAAUUGAUUCAUUGUGAUUUUACUAGGUAA